AUGUUUCUUUUCCAACUACUCAACUUUUUCUUUGUAGCUUCCAAAAAGAAGGAGGAAGAUGACUCUAAAUAUGACCUGUCCCUUUACAAGCGUGGCGAUUUACUCGAGGUCCCCAGGACGUUAUUCACACAUUUUGGUAUCUACUUGGGUGACAAUCGCGUGGCUCAUCUCAUUCCGGACAUCCUGCCUGUUAUUUCCAAGAACAAAUCUGCUAUUGCCAAGAUGGUGACGAAUAACCGCCUGCUGCUGGGGGUUAUCACUAAAGUUGCCAGCGUCAGAGUGGACUCUGUGGCGGAUUUUGCUUAUGGAUCAGAGAUUCUGAUCAACCACAUGGAUAAAGUGUGCAGCCAGCCAGCUCUGGAUGGGGAUGAAGUGGCCAGAAGGGCAGAGAAACUCCUUGGCUCAGUCACCUACAGCUUACUGUGGUACAACUGCGAACACUACGUCAUGUACUGCAGAUACGGCAUGGCCAUCAGCUACCAGACGUACCAGUUCUGCACAACCGUGAGGAAGAUUGUCUGCAGCAGGAUGAGUUCCUAUUUGACUGCUCUGUGUGGUGUAGGAGUCACGCUGUAUCUGGGCUGUGUGACGCCACUGACACUUUUACCGACUCUGCUCAUCUCAUUCACCAUCUGGAUGGCAGCCUAA